AUCAACAAUGGCCUUCAAUCCAUGUCUCUCUCUGCUCUUCCUCUUCCUUCUCGCUUGCUUGGUCACCUCCGCUUCCUCUUCUUUCAUUUCUCAUGACGUCCUUCAAUCUCAUGAAUCUACUGGCCGUACCCUCUUCCAGACCAAAAAGAGUUGCCUUGUGAACUUUGAAUUUUUGAAUUACACAAUCAUCACAAGCCAGUGUAAAGGACCCCAGUACUCACCCAAGCUCUGUUGUGGUGCCUUUAAGGACUUUGCUUGCCCUUAUGCUAAUGAGUUGAAUGAUCUGACAAAUGAUUGCGCCUCAACCAUGUUCAGCUACAUAAACCUCUAUGGAAAAUACCCACCUGGCCUGUUUGCUAGUGAGUGUCGAGAAGGAAAGGAAGGUCUGGAGUGUCCUACUCAGGCACCAUCAACUGAAUCUGCUAAAGAUUCUGUUAAUGCAAGCAGAGGUCAGAUAGUCUCUUCUUACUCAAUGCUGACACUGUUGGCUGGCUUCCUAGUGUUAUUAUUCCACUUGUCUUGAAGGAUGAAAUAUGACU